AUGGUGGUCGAGGAGACGCAUAUGGUGACAGUGCUCCUGAACAUACCUGUGGCCACAGUGUUUGUGCUGAGCUGCAUGUGUGCCGUGCCGCUGCAGAGCCAGAAGCCGGCUCAGGGCGACCCCCUGACGGCCCCCCGGUCGAACCCGCAGUGCUGGGACUCUUCCUCGGCUCUGCUGCUGGACAUGCGCUCCCCGAGGAUCGCUGACACCGUGCCCGCCUUCUGGGACAUGAUGGUGUUCCUCAGGUCGUCAGACAACAGCAAACACACGGCGCUGUUUUGGGACCUGGCCCGGGUCUUCUGGGACCUCUAUGUGGACUGCGUGCUGUCCAGGAGUCACGGCCUGGGGCGGAGACACACCACCGCUUUAUUCUCCCUCAUCACCGACAGUGAGUGUCCGAGGUGGUCCUCCUCAUGUGAGACUAGGCAAAGUUGA